UCAUUCAGCAAACACAGAGAGUGCAAUAUUAUCGAUUUAAAAUUUUCUAUUUUCAAAAUGACCCCAAAAAUUUAGAACGAAAUGGCCACAAAACGCAAAAUAGAGAUAACUGUCCCUGCCGAGGAAAGCGACCAGCUUCUGAUUCGUCCACUCGGUGCAGGGCAAGAGGUUGGGCGGUCAUGCAUUAUCCUGGAGUUCAAAGGAAGGAAAAUUAUGCUGGACUGUGGCAUUCACCCUGGGCUGGAGGGGAUGGACGCUCUCCCAUACAUAGACUUGAUCGAUCCGGCUGAGAUAGACCUGCUGCUGAUCAGCCACUUCCACUUGGAUCACUGUGGAGCACUGCCCUGGUUCCUCCAGAAGACCAGCUUUAAAGGGAGGACCUUCAUGACUCAUGCCACUAAGGCCAUCUACCGCUGGCUCCUAUCGGACUACGUUAAAGUCAGCAACAUCUCGGCAGACGACAUGCUUUACACUGAAACUGACCUGGAGGAGAGCAUGGACAAGAUUGAGACGAUCAACUUCCACGAGGUCAAGGAGGUGGCUGGAAUCAAGUUUUGGUGCUACCACGCUGGUCAUGUGCUGGGAGCUGCAAUGUUCAUGAUCGAAAUAGCUGGAGUCAAACUUCUAUACACAGGAGACUUCUCCCGACAAGAAGACAGGCAUCUCAUGGCAGCUGAGAUCCCCAGUGUCAAACCUGACAUCUUAAUCAUAGAGUCAACCUACGGCACUCACAUCCAUGAAAAGAGGGAGGAGCGAGAAGCUCGGUUCUGUAACACCGUCCAUGACAUUGUCAACAGAGAGGGUCGCUGUUUAAUCCCUGUGUUUGCUUUGGGACGGGCCCAGGAACUGCUGCUUAUCUUGGAUGAGUACUGGCAGAAUCACCCAGAGCUCCACGACAUCCCCAUCUAUUAUGCUUCUUCCCUGGCCAAGAAGUGCAUGGCUGUGUACCAGACUUAUGUUAACGCAAUGAACGACAAGAUCCGCAAGGCCAUAAAUAUCAAUAACCCUUUUGUCUUCAAGCAUAUCAGCAAUCUGAAGAGCAUGGAUCACUUUGAUGAUAUCGGCCCCAGUGUGGUGAUGGCAUCUCCAGGUAUGAUGCAGAGUGGACUCUCUAGGGAGCUCUUUGAGAGCUGGUGCACCGACAAGAGGAACGGCGUUAUCAUCGCCGGUUACUGUGUGGAGGGCACCCUCGCCAAGCACAUCAUGUCUGAGCCAGAGGAGAUCACCACCAUGUCGGGACAGAAGCUGCAGCUAAAGAUGUCGGUGGAUUACAUCUCCUUUUCUGCUCACACUGAUUACCAGCAGACCAGCGAGUUCAUCAGAGCCCUCAAACCACCACAUGUGAUCCUGGUACAUGGGGAGCAGAAUGAGAUGGCGCGCCUGAAAGCCGCACUGAUCAGGGAGUACGAGGAUAACGAUGAGGUUCACAUCGAAGUCCACAACCCUCGCAACACUGAGGCUGUCACGCUGAAUUUCAGAGGAGAGAAGCUGGCCAAGGUGAUGGGCUCGCUGGCUGAUAAGAAAUGUGUUCAGGGUCAGAGAGUUUCAGGCAUAUUGGUGAAGAAAAACUUCAACUACCACAUCCUCAAUCCCUCUGACCUUUCCACGUACACAGAGCUGGCCAUGAGCACAGUGAAACAGACCCAGGCCAUCCCCUUCACUGGACCGUACUCACUGCUUGUCUGCCAUCUGAGGAACCUCACAGGUGAUGUUGAAGAGCUGGAAGGAACUGAGAAGAACACUUUGAAGAUCUUUAAAAACAUCACUCUGAUCCAAGAGCCCGGAAUGGUGCUGCUGGAGUGGAUAGCUAAUCCUCUAAAUGACAUGUAUGCUGAUGCUGUCACCACUGUAGUUCUGGAGGUUCAGUCCAACCCAAAGGCUCAAAAAGUAAUGGAGACCCAGGGUACCACUCUGGACAUGGAUGUUUUCCAUACCCGACUAGAAGUCAUGCUGCAGGACAUGUUUGGAGAAGAAUGCGUGCACUUCAGUGAUGGUAAAAUCAUCUCUGUGACGGUGGAUGGGAAGACGGUGCACGUUUGCUUGAAAACGAGGUCCGUGUGCUACGAAGAUGAAUGCACAGAGGACGAUUCACUGAGAGAGAUGGUGGAGCUGGCUGUGCAGCGGCUUUAUGACGCUCUGAACCCUGUUAUCUGAAGACAGGUACAGACCUGCAGGUCUGCAGACAUGUUAGACUUCACAUUUUACAAAAGAGUUCAAGCUUGGUCAUGAGAUACACAAACCCAAUUCUGAAAAAUUUGGGACGCUGUGUAAAAGGUAAAUAAAAACAGAAUGCAAUGAUUUGCAAAUCUCAUAAACCCAUAUUUUAUUCACAAUAGCACAUAGAGAACAUGAGACAUGGUUAAACUGAGAAAAUGCACCAUUAGUUCAAUAUUAGCUCAUUUUGAAUUUGAUGCUGGCAGUACAUCUUAAAAUAAAUGGGACAGGCCUAUGUUUACCAUUGUGUAGCAAUAGAAUCAUGACUGCUUUUAAUGCAGUGCCGCCUGAUUGCCCAAAGAUCAUGGACAUCCAAUAAUGAUUGUCCCUUGCACACAGAAAGAGAUUUCUCCAGAUUCUCAGAAUCUUUUGAUAUUAUGUACUGUAGAUGAUGAGAUUGAGAAACAUUAUUCUGAAAUAGUUCCACAAUUUGUAGACAUGGUUUUCAGGAGAUUGCCCAUCUUUAGUUCUGAAAAACUCUGCAUCUCUAAGAUGCUCUUUUUUGUACCCAGUUAUGUUACUGACCUGUUGCUAAUCAACCCAAUUAGUUGUAAAAUGUUCCUCUGGCUGUUUCUUUCUCACUUAUUUUUUCCAGACUGCUGUUGCUGCCAUCAAAUUCAAAAUUAGUUCAUAUUUUUCAUGAAAUAGUAAAAUGUCUUGGUUUAAACAUUUGAUAUGUUUUCUGUCUUCUAUUGUAAAUAUAAUAUGGGUUUAUGGGACCUUCAAAUUAUUUUAUUCUGAACCUGCUCUCAUCUGUGAAAAGCACAUGGCGUAAAUAGUGAGGCUGCCAAUUCUAGUAUUCUAUUGCAAAUGCCAGUCUGGCUCCAGUGAGGGCCCACUAGAGGAUAUUGGGCCCUCAUUAAGUGUGUUUGGUCAGAGACAUUCACAUCAGUGGCCUGCUGGAGGUCAUUUUUGUAGGACUCUCACAGUGCUCAUUCUGUUCCUCCUUCCACAAAGGAGCAGAUACCGGUCCUGCUGAUGGGUAAAGGACCCUAUAUGGCCCUGUCCAGCUCUCCUAGAGUAACUGCCUGUUUUCUGGAAUCUCCUCCUUGCUCCUGAGACAGUGCUGGGAGACACAGCAAACCUUCUGGCAUUGGCACGUAUUGCUGUGCAAUCUCUUUAAGGUCCAGGUUUCGCCUCGUGCUGCCAUUAGUGACACUGACCCUAACCAAAUGCAAAACUAGUGAAAAAACAGGAAAGAUGAGGAGGGAAAGAAUGUGGCCUCCACCUGUAACACCAUUCCUGUUUUGGGGUUUGUCUCAUUGUCGCCCCUCUAGUGCACCUGUUGUUAAUGUCAUGAACACCAAAGCAGCUGAAACUGAUUAACAACCCCCUCUGCUGCUUAACCAGAUCACUAUCCCAGAUGUUUAAUUGACAUGAUGCUAAACUCUGAUUAAAAAGUGUUCUUUUUUUUUGAGCAGUGUAUUUGGAUCUUACAGUGUCCAGAUUUUCAGUAUUGUUUGUAUUUUAAAUAAAAGGGGAAAAUGUUUACACAUUUCACAAGCAUUACAGUGAUGACAACAACCUACUGAGCAAGUAUGACUUGUAAAAGAAUAAGCUAUGUAAUGUAAUUUUGUAGAUUUCAGUUUUGUUUUCUGUAUUGUAAGCACUUUUAAUGAUGAAAUGCAUUAUUUAAUAAGUUAACAGUAUUUGAGUGUAGAUUGACUGUAAUUUUAUUUGACCUGAAUUCAUUAAUGUGCACUGAUAUGACUUGUUUACGUGUGAAUGUGAUGCAGUGUGAAUUUCUAAAUGUACUACAUGUAUUGUAUUUGUUGUGUACAUGUUUUAACAAGACUACCAUUUUAAAAACAUUGUUUUCUUUUCUCAACUGCAAAU